AGACCAGACAAGCUUCUGGGAAAAUCCACCCAUCCGCGGGGCCCCUCUCCCAUUUCAACCAGGGAAUGUGUUCCCCUUGGCUUUAAAGAAAUAAGGAAACAGCAGGCUGGAACCAGGACUAAGAGAAAACUGGUCAGAGAGAAGGCAAUGGCGGAUCCACUGAGGGGUUGGGGCUGCAGAGAGCUGCUCCUGCUCUUCAUGCUCCUGGGGACUCUGUUGGGAGCCGGAGCCGGGCAGAUCCGUUACCCAGUGCCAGAGGAGCUGGACAAAGGCUCUUUCGUGGGCAACAUCGCCAAGGAUCUCGGGCUGGAGCCCCGGGAGUUGGCGGAGCGCGGAGUCCGCAUCGUCUCCAGAGGAAAGACGAAGCUUUUCGCUCUGAACCCUGGAAGCGGCAGCUUGGUCACCGCGGACAGGAUAGACCGGGAGGAGCUCUGCGCUCAGAGCGCGCGGUGUCUGGUGAGUUUUAACAUCUUGGUUGAGAAUAAAAUGAAAAUUUAUGAAGUAGAAGUAGAAAUAAUCGAUAUUAAUGAUAACUUCCCGCGUUUCCGGGAUGAGGAAGUAAAAGUAAAAGUUAAUGAAAAUGCGGCUGCGGGAACGCGGUUAGGGCUUCCCUUCGCUCGAGAUGCGGAUGUGGGUGUGAACUCCCUGCAGAGUUAUCAGCUCAGCUCCAAUAUGCACUUCUCUCUGGAGGAGAAAAGCGGAACUGAUGGACAAAAAUACCCGGAGCUGGUACUGGAACGGCCUUUGGACCGCGAGAAAGUGGCUGUUCACGACCUCCUCCUCACAGCUAUAGACGGCGGAGACCCGGUCCUCUCUGCAACUACGCACAUCCGCGUGAUGGUCCUCGACGCCAACGAUAACGCUCCCCUGUUCACUCAAUCCGAGUACAGAGUGAGUGUUCCAGAGAACAUACCUGUGGGCACUCGGCUGCUCACACUAACCGCCACGGAUCCAGAUGAGGGAAUAAACGGGAAAUUGACCUACUCUUUUCGCAAUGAAGACGACAAAAUUUCAGAGACUUUCCAACUUGAUUCCAACCUGGGUGAAAUCUCAACUGUGCAAUCCCUGGAUUAUGAAGAAUUCAGAUUCUAUGUCAUGGAGGUGGUAGCUCAGGAUGGAGGUGCUCUUCUUGCCAGCGCUAAGGUGCUGGUCACAGUACAGGACGUGAAUGACAAUGUCCCUGAAGUGAUCCUCACCUCUCUCACCAGUUCCGUCUCUGAAGACUGUCUUCCUGGAACCGUAAUUGCGCUGUUUAGCCUACACGAUGGCGAUUCUGGAGAGAAUGGUGAGAUUGCAUGUUCUAUUCCCAGGAACUUGCCCUUUAAAUUGGAAAAGUCGGUUGGUAAUUACUAUCACUUAUUGACAACGAGAUCCCUGGACAGAGAAGAGAUCUCAGAUUAUAACAUCACAGUAACUGUCAUUGACCAUGGAAACCCACCGCUGUCUACAGAAAACCACAUCUCCCUCAAAGUGGCAGACAUCAAUGACAACCCUCCCAUCUUCCCUCACACCUCAUACUCCACCUACAUCCCAGAAAACAACCCCAGAGGCGUCUCUAUCUUCUCUGUAACCGCCCAUGACCCCGACAGUGGCAACAAUGCCCAGAUCACUUACUCUCUGGCCAAGGACACGUUUCAAGAAAUGCCUCUAUCCUCUUAUGUCUCCAUCAACUCUGACACUGGUGUCCUGUAUGCACUGGGCUCUUUCGACUAUGAACAGGUUAGGGACCUGCAGCUAUGGGUGAUAGCCAGUGACAGUGGAGACCCUCCGCUCAGCAGCAACGUGUCGCUGAGCAUAUUUGUGCUAGACCAGAAUGACAAUGCACCCGAGAUCCUGUACCCCACCCUCCCCACCGAUGGCUCCACAGGUGUCGAGCUGGCACCCCGCUCUGUAGAGCCCGGCUACCUGGUGACCAAGGUGGUGGCAGUGGACAGAGACUCAGGCCAGAAUGCCUGGUUGUCCUACCGCCUGCUCAAGGCCAGUGAGACAGGGCUCUUCACAGUGGGGCUGCACACUGGUGAGGUGCGCACUGCGCGGGCCCUGCUGGACAGAGAUGCGCUCAAACAGAACCUGGUGGUGGCUGUCCAGGACCAUGGCCAGCCCCCUCUCUCGGCCACCGUCACACUUACUGUGGCUGUGGCUCACAGCAUCCCAGAUAUCCUGGCUGACCUGGGUAGCCUGGAGCCCUCAGCUGACCCUGAUGACUCCAGCCUCACCCUGUACCUGGUGGUGGCGGUGGCUGCAGUCUCCUGUGUCUUCCUUGCCUUUGUCAUCGUGCUGCUGGCACUCAGACUGGGGCGCUGGCACAGGUCGCGACUGCUCCAGGCUUCAAGAGGAGGGUUGAUGGGAGCGCCGGCCUCGAGCUUUGUGGGUGUGGACGGGGUGCAGGCUUUCCUGCAGACCUAUUCCCACGAGGUCUCCCUCACCGUGGACUCAGACUCACGGAAGAGCCACCUGAUCUUCCCCCAGCCCAACUAUGCAGACAUGCUUGUCAGCCAAGAGAGCUGUGAGAAAAGUGAGCCUCUUCUGAUAUCUGAGAAGAUAAAUGUAAACGAAGAAGAACUAGGAGUUGUUCAGGUGGGUUUUUUUUUUUUUCAGUAGGGAUACUUGGAGCUUUUUCUUCAUUUGUUUCCUCAAUCAUUUUUCU